AAAUGAACGCAAUAAAUAGCAAUAUAGUACUAUAUAUCCACUAUUUAUCCCAUUGGCGCAUGGCGACCGCGGGUGCGGCUCUGCAAAAGGGCAAAAGACUUUGCAAAAAUGUUGUGGGCGUUUUCGAAUACCAUCGAUAAAGACUAUAUAUAGAGACUCUUCUCUUACCUUUUACUGGUCACUUGGCAAGGACAGGAACACACUGAUUGAGGACUUCUCAGAAAAGGUAAAAAGAGUAAAAGAAGAAAACGGACAUGUUUAAACUACGGAAGGCUGAACCCCGGGAUGUGCCUGCCAUAUUACGACUCAUAAAGAAACUGGCUAAAUAUGAAGAGAUGGAAGGCCGAGUGUUGCUGACCGAGAAAGACCUUCUGGAGGAUGGAUUUGGUGAACACCCGUUUUACCAGUGCAUUCUCGCCGAAUGGCAGGAAGAACAAAGCAACGAAGAACCAAAGGUGAUCGGGUUCGCCAUGUACUACUUCACCUAUGAUCCCUGGACCGGCAAGCUCCUCUACCUCGAAGACUUCUUUGUUGUCGAGGAGUUCAGAGGAAAAGGCAUCGGUUCUGAGAUCUUGAAGCUCCUAAGUCAGUUGGCGAUGAAGACGCGCUGCAGCAAUAUGCACUUCAUCGUUGCCAAGGACAACCGCUCAUCCAUCGAGUUCUACAAGCGGCGCGGCGCUGAAGACCUGUCCAAGGAGGAGGGCUGGCGUCUGUUCCGCUUCGGCAAGGACAGCCUCCUCAAGAUGGCGGCACCCGCGUGAGCUGGCCCCUCCCCCCCACCGGACUCCAGUACACAACGAGAAGGAGGAGGAAGAUGGGGAGGAGGAGGAGGAAGGGGUCAUCAUGGCAGGAGUCAUACCAGAGACAUGGACGUAGAGCUGGGGUCCCUGUGUCGUUUCCUAAGCUAGUUUGGUCGUAUGCGUCACGUAUUGACACAUGUUUACAGGAUACAAUUCUCAGGAAGCGUGGGUGACUUGCAGAAGAUAUGCAUGAUUGACGGGCCGUGAGCUAGGCUCCAGCGGGCGUGGUGGUCAUGGUUACUAGUUCAAGGGGGGUUUGGGGGCCCAGACUCUCUAGUGCACGUGACUCUGUUGGAAGACUCAAGCCGGCCUUCCUCUCCGUUCGCACAGAGGUCAAAAUACUUAAACCGUAGUGUAGCCUCAAAAGGGCAUUGAUUAUCCCUAAAAUAUAUAUAUAUUUAGAUGUAGUGAGCUCUGCUUACCUCAGAUGUACCACUUAAUUUAGCGUUAACCUUAUACUUUCCUUUUUAUAUAUUCCAUGUAUACCUUUUUUUGUUAACCCGUCAUGAUGGACAGAUUUUAUUACUUAUUCUUGAUUGUUGGAGCACAUUAGUUUUGUUAUGUGUAGUUUGCCAAUAAAGUUUAUUCUGAUAAGCCACAGAUGUUGUGUUCGUAAGCUCUCAUUCUCUGC